GAGAGAGAGAGAGAGAGAGAGAGAAAGGGAGGGACCUCUUUGCCCUCCAGAAACCAGGAAGGGAAUUGAGUUGAUCUGCUGCUGCUUGGUUAGUGCAUACGGGGCUUUAAGCUGCACAACAGUGAGAGGGAGAGAGAGAGAGCUCCGGAGAGGAGGAGAGGAGAGGGCUGAGCUAACCCACAAUAAGCACCACCACGGCCAUCGCAGACAGGCAGACGGACAGACGGCAGGACGGAUACACGGGUGGGGGCUGUGCUAGGCGGCUCGGCGGCAGGCUGGUGGAAGAUGUCGUCAGGAGCCGGUGGGAGGGGCGGAAGGCGGCUCAGGGGGACAGCAAGCAGUGGGGGUGGAGGAGGAAGAGGAGGGCCAGGAGAAGCAGAGGAAGGCCCCGUGGGGAUCCCUUUCCCUGAGCACAGCGCAGACAUCCUGGGCAGCCUGAACAAGCAGCGGCUCAGCGGCCUGCUGUGUGAUGUGCUCCUGGUUACUCAGGACCGGGAAUUCCCAGCUCACCGCUCCGUCCUGGCAUCCUGCAGCUCAUACUUCCACAAGCUCUUCACUUCAGGGGCCGCUGCUGACCAACAGAAUAUCUACAACAUCGACUUUGUGGCAGCAGAGGCUCUGGGAGCGUUGCUGGACUUUGCCUACACAGCCACAUUGACAGUCAGUCAUAGCAGCGUGGCUGACAUCCUUGCCGCUGCACGCCUCCUGGAAAUCUCACCUGUCCAGGACGUCUGUACACAUCUGCUGGACACCAAAGUGCUCUCCCCGCCGGCGGGCAGUGAGCGAAGAGAUGAAGAUGAAGAUGAGGAGGGAAAGGGCAGAGGGGGCAAGGAGCAGGGGAACCGGGUGCGGGCCCGGGAGUACCUGGAGUACUUCCAGAGAGGGGCGCACUGGAGCAGCAGCUGCAGCACGCCAGAGCUCAGGGACCUGCCUAAACACCUGCACUUUAACCACGGCAAUGGCCCCAGUAAUGGGGCUCCUGGUGGCCCCGGUGAGUACUACUCCCCUUUGGCCCUCGCCUUGGCCCAGGCCCCAACGCAGGAGCCAGAGGAAGAGGACGAAGAUGAAGAGGAAGAGGAGGAUGGGGAGGCAGUGCAGGGGAACGGAGCAAGCCUGGGGUCAUCUUACUACCCACCAUCCCAAAAUGGGCACUAUUACCUCCCCCCUGAGUCUAGGCAGCAGGAGACAGAAGUGGAGGACGGGGGUAGGGAGGCCAUGAGGGAGAGGGGUUCAGCCAGUGCCCUUCUGCAGCAGAUGAUGGACUCCAUCGGGAGGCAAAAGGAGCGUUCAACGAUCGGGGAGGAACAGGGAGAUGGGGACGACCCAGACAUGGAAUUUUACUUGAAUUAUUUUAACAGCACGCAGCAUGAGGAUACAGCUUCUGCUGCUGUGACACAGGGAGUGCCACCGCUCUGGUUAUCACGGGGCAGUACAGGCCAAGACAGAGUUAGAGGAGAAAGGGUUGUUGGAGAGAGAGGCAGUGGGGGUGGAGGAGGAGGAGGUGGAGGAGAGAGGAAGAUGCGCUCUAAGGCCUUCCAGAAGUGCCCCAUAUGCUCCAAGGUCAUUCAAGGAGCAGGCAAGCUACCCCGCCACAUCCGAACGCACACAGGAGAGAAACCCUAUGAAUGCGCCAUCUGCAAAGUGCGCUUUACCAGGCAGGACAAGCUCAAGGUUCAUAUGCGGAAGCAUACAGGAGAGAAGCCUUACCUUUGUACGCAAUGUGGAGCUGCCUUUGCUCACAACUACGACCUGAAGAACCACAUGCGUGUACACACCGGCCUGCGCCCCUAUCAAUGCUCAAGCUGCUUUAAGACUUUUGUGCGCUCGGAUCACCUGCACCGCCACCUCAAGAAGGACGGCUGCAACGGUAUCCCCUCUCGGCGAGGCCGAAAGCCCCGGGUGCGAGAGCCAGGGCUCCUUGAGCCCCCCCUGGGCCUGCUGAACCCCAGCACCGACACAGGCUCUGGGCCUCGUACCAUCAGAGGACGGCGGCGUUCUGAGGCAACCUCAGCAGCGGAGAUGGGGGGGGGUGCUGGAGCCCAUGCACACAGUCCUCAGCUGCAGGAGUUGGUAGGGGAGGCAGGGCCGUGAAACUGCAGGGGCAACAAGGACACUGCUGGACACCAUAGUCACUCUGCACUGCCUGUAAGACAGGCCAGUGAACAGAGGAGAAGAAACAUGCAAAGGCAAACUUAAAAAAAAUGAAACAACUAACUAUUCCUCUAUAAACCAAAUCAGGGUGUCACAAAAAUCUAAUCUUUAUAUUUCUUUCUCCUUUUACUUUAGGAAACAGAUUGACUUGCAAGCACUUGAGUCGGUUUAUCUGUUUAAGAGCAAAGAACGCUUCAAAUCAUACACCCAUGACGUCCACUUUCUGGGCCAUUUCUUUCUUUAUAAUAUUAGGGGUUUUAUACAUUGGCAUAUGUGCUUAGGCAAAUGUAUGAUAGAUACAAAGAAACUCUGAGCAACUAUGCAGUUGAUUUAGAUUUUUAUCGGUUUUGUCCUCACAGCCUUCAAGCUCUAAGCAAGGUGUCUGUCAAGCACCUUCUGGCUGCUGUACGGGUGAAGCGAGGACAAAUCCUCCCAGUGAAAACAACUCUUUUUCUAUUCUUUUGCAGGUCUGAAAUGUACAGUUACCAUAGAAACAACAUUGCCACAAUAUGGCAUAUGCAAGGAAAACUCACCACAAUUUUGAUGCAACAGUUUUUUCUCUCUAAAUGUUCCAGAAAGAAUCAGACAAGGGUUUGAUUGAAGUGUUACUUACUCUAUAAAAUGCAUUUUAAGAAUCUAUGGUUUGUCUUAUUGAAAAACAAAUUCAUGUUGAGUCAAAUCCACUUUAAUGGGGGCUCGUCAUUUGCAGGACUAGGGAAAAUGAGGGGUGGAGGGUUUGUGUUUUUAAAGCACUACCAUCUUCAAUGUAUCUGUUGGCUUGACUACAUUGCCUCUUAUCCCUCACAACUCUGCAAUUUCAGCAUUUCUGUUUUCCCUUUUGAUUUUGUCUUAAAUUUUUUUUUGUUGUUGUUUCUUUUUGUUGACUGCUUCGGGUACUUGACACUUUAUAAUUGUAUACAUGUAUAUACAGCAGGUGGUGAUAUGACAUUGGUCCCCUCUUAAUGCUGAGGUGUACUUACCAAUUGGGUUUUUCCUCUUAGGCUUGAUGUCAUAUUUCUCACAGAGUGAAACUUGUGGGUGAACGAAAAGAACUGUAUGAAUGUUUAAUGAAACAAAAAACAUUGAAUCACCCAUUUGUCCUAAACUUAACACUUGACAUGUAUAGUUCCUGCCCAAAGGACGAGGAGGUCGAUUGAAUGAAUGUGCUUAACUUUGUGCAGUUUUUCGGAAUCUGUCCUUGUGUGACAAGGCGCGGGUAGCAUUUAACCAAUUGCAGGUUAAAGGAAUGGCAGGGAGCCCGAGUGAGAGAGUGACAAAGAGUACGAAGAAGAGAUAGAUGAGCACCUUUUUUUCUAUGUUUGCACAGCUUUACUAAAGAUAUCCAACAGAGCGAGAGAGAGAGGUAUAUUUAAAGGAAGUAGGCUGGUGUUGGGGAGGGAGUGAGAGGAGGUUUAUGUAUCAUGCUUAUUCCAAUCGUUUUGCCCGAGGGACCACACAACCGUGAGGCAACCUGUAUGAUGAAGAGAGCAAUAAAUACCUGUCGAAGUUGGGAGGCCAAAUAGGAGCGCAGCUGCAGCUGGUUGAUGGGGGGAGGGGAACAAGGGAAGGGGAGGGGGAUCUCACAAUGUCUGUUGCAUUCCAAAAAAUAAUCUCCCCCAGCUCAGCCACGUUUCCAGGCAGGAGGGGAUCAAAUCAGGCCUUUUCUCUCCCUCUCUCUCCCUCUGUAGUCCUCUAAUGCCCCCGAACCAGCCUGGAGGGGAUAUUAUUAUAUUAGAGUCUGGUGUUACUGUGGGUAGGAUGCCUGGUGCUGGCAGUUUAGUGUGUGAGUGUGUUUACAUGUACGUGUGUUUGUGUGCAUGUGUGUGCAUGGCAGCCAGGGUCCCUCUGGCCACAUCAUCACUGUGAGAGUCAGCCACAGCCUGUUCAAACAUGCACCCUGAGCUGCCAGCCCCAAUGCAUUUUCUCUGUUUCACACACUCACACACACACUCAUGCUCAUUAAGUAUUUUGUAGAGAAGGGGAAAUCACCAGAGCUGACAUAUCUGGUUGAGUAUUGUCAGUGACUCCAUACAUCUGGAUUUGUUAGUCUAAAAAUAUCCAAGUUGUGUUUUGUACUCCAAAUCCAAUGUUAUUUUCCAAGGAAGCAUAUUGAGCCUUUGAAUCAAGAGGAGAAUAUGCAUAUAAUUUACCCCCCACCCCCCACCCCCCCCCACCCCCCCACACACACACACACACCACCACCACCCCCAUAAUUUCUACAGUACUUCUGUAGUGCAACUAUAAGUCCCUUUAGCACGUUAAUUGGAAAGAGGCAGGUUAUGAAUGCACUGUUACUGAGGAGGGCACUUUUGUCAACAAAACGGGUACUUUGAAACAAACCAGUUGCAAAUGAGAUCAGUCCUCCCUUUCUUCUGUCCAUGGCGGUGAAGUUGAGCUUCUUCACUGGUUUUGUUCAGGUUUUGAUGACAUGCUGCCAAAAAGAAAAAAAAAAAUCAAACCGAAAACAUGCAAGCAAGUUCAGAUCUCAAAAAGAGAAGCUAGGCAAGACACAACAUUUUGGACAUUGUGACAUUAAAAAAAGACUAAAUUAAUCCAUGUAACUGAUUGCACUUGAGGUAAGUUGUUGAAAGAAAUAUAGUUGUCUUCAUGCCUUAAUGUUAAGAGAAAUGGGAUAGAGGGAGGAGACAGAUGAAGAAGAAAGGGCUGUGUGUUUGUGUGUGCGUGCGCGCAUUUCUUGUGUGCACAAGCAUGCAUUGCUGGCUGGCAGGCUGGAGGGUCUCAGGACAAGCUUGGAUAAACAAACUUCGUGUCUACCCCAUCUGUUCACCAGCUACUCUCAUAACUACACAUGUUCUCUGAGGAACCACAGUGAUAAUAGGUCCACGGUACCACAGAAGCAGAACUACCAUAUUGUUAAACAACUCACUGGACAGUUGCUUGUUUACUUCACAGCGCUCUUGGUGCAGAUUUGCAUUACUCUUCGUUUACUCUUGUUGGUCAUUGUUAGGGGCUGGCUAGGUUUUAAGAGUAUAAGUUUCUAUUUUUGCUUCACUGUUGUGAUAAAGAUGGGGUGUAGUAUUGCACAGUUUGACUUCCGCAGGCAGACCAAUGUAAGAUGGGUAUGUCGACCUGGUUUGUGAUCUGUACGUAUAGUGGUACUCGGUAUGGACUCCAUCACCUCCUACACCCAUUUUGUCUUGAUGUGGCAGAAUUUUUACCUGUUGAGACCUGUGAGCCAUGUUUUGCUGGACCUCAAUAUUUCCCCAAAUCUCUUAUAUUGUCUUUUGAUUAACCAAAGCUUUUUGCCCUCAAUCUUAGUCUACUGUAGACUAGAGAUAUUGAAAGCAUGUCUAUAAUUUAUCCAGACUGGGCCUCCCUGACUAAGCCACACACAGAUGCCCUCCUCUUGAAUACAUAUGCAGAAAGGUGUGUGGAAUCAUACAGAUAUUUACUUGAGUUUGCUUUCUCUCGCUCUUUGUAUCCUUGUGGACAAUAGAAUCAGAGGUUUAAGGAUGUAUAGUUUUUUUCUGUCUGUCUACACUCAUGUCUCUUAAAAUAACGUGUUGUGCUACAGCUAUUUUUUUUCUAACAAUUUUACAUGGCUGUGCGUGUGUGUUUGUGCGUGUAUGCGUAUGUAUGUGUGGGGGUUGGGGUCGUGGUUCUGGGUUGCUGUGCCAGGAGGGUGGGGUAAAUGGGUGCUUGGGUGGGGUUAUGGAUAUAAAGCCUGAUAGCACUGGAAAUGGUGCUUUAGCUGAGAGAGCAAAAGUUUGCACUAAUGUUAAAUGUCCUUGUCCUGCUUAUGGGAGAAGGGCAGGAGACCUCAGAAAGGCCUGCGAGUUUCCAUGAGCACAGAGCAGUGUGGUUAAUACUCAAUGGUCUCAUAAAGAGUCCAUCCAACCCCUCCAUAGAAAUAAUCAUGUACAGCAUAUUAAGAAAUACACAGACGUCCAACAACAACAAAUACCAAAGGACAAAAAAUGGCUUGCAUUCAAGUCAUUGGACAAUUUAAGCUACCAAUCUAAUGUUGGAUUAAUGGAGUUUUACUGUUGAACCUGAAGGCUCUUGAAAAGAGAUUCUGGAUGUAACUUCUGAUGGAAACUAGAAAUGGUGUGAAAACAGCAAAUUAUAUUUGCUCUUAAAAAUAUUCCAAAUAUACAACAUUUAAGCACUUAAAAAGUAGCAACGCCUCUCCGAAAACAUUCAGAACAUUUGAGUUGGUCCUGAUCUGAUGGCUGAGAUGUACUGUGUGCAGGUGCCAGAGAUAUUGAUUCCAAUUGUCUUUAAAUUUAGAGAUGGGAUUUUAUCAACAUUUGUUCAGUGAACUGAUGAAAAACUAUUGUUUGACACUGUUAUUUUGAUCAUUGCUGAAUUGGAUGAUACAUUUUAAUUUUUUUUAAAAGUUGAACUGAAUUUAAAUGUUCUCUAAUUGCAGCAGACUGGGACUUUGAGCCUUGCCUGAGCAGAACUAAGCUUAUUGUUUUAAUAUUCCAGACAGUUGUAUUGUGCAGUGUGGGGCUGAGGCUCACUCCCACCAGGUGGACAAUGCAACAUCAUGAGCCUCAGUGUGCCUUAAGUGGGCAGGGACUGACAAGACUCACACCUUCUCCUUUUGUUUUGUACUUUGUUCUUGUUUUUUACCCAUAUCUUAAUACCAAAUUGUAAAAGCCAAUUGGAUUGGUUCUGAAAUUGAUCAUUUAGCUGUUUAAACCUUACUUGAAUUAAUUUAUAAUAAUGUCUCUGUACUAGCCACUACAUCAGAGCCAUGUCUCUAUCAGCCUCUAUGGCUCCAUAACUGGUGUGUCCCCAGCCUCAGCCCCAGACCAAGGUCACUCUGACACAGGCUACCCCGAGACAGUCUCAGAACUUCAUUGUUCAAGUGUUUUCAAAAAUUGACCUUGAUGUUUUUUCCUAUGCUGUUAUCAAAGAUUUUUGGUGAAUCUAUCUUUGAAGGCCAUAAAACAAGACGACCAACAACUAUGAUAACAAUAACUGUAAAUAAUCAACCGAAGCAGGACGGGGUGACUGUUAUUACGGCGAUUCGUGACGGCAGAAGGGGGACUGUUUGCUUUGCUUCGUCAUUUUGCUGCACACCUGAUUUUUUUGUGUUUUCCAUUAGGCUCUUGAUGCACAGCAAGCUGAGCGCAGCAUAUGCAGUAUGGCACUAUGCGCAGCGUGGCUCUGGCACUUGCACAGACAGCCCUGGGUCCUUCAGAGAGGCAGCCUGCUGUCUGUUGGCUGCUCUCAGCCAAGUGGGGACAGUUUGCACUUGGAGUUUUUCUCAAUCUCUGGGGAUACAAAGGUUGGCAUACAGGGAGGAGGAUUAAAUACGGGUGGUAGGGGAAGGCUGGAUGUUGUUUUCAGGGAGAGGUUGGAAAGCCCGGGUGAUGGACUAUUUGCUGAGCAAUGGUUCAGUGUUGGUCGUCUAAGCUGGUAGGAAUUGCAUGGCCACAAUAUGAUAAGAAUUGUAAUACAAAGGAGGUCACCACAGAUUUCACACUGUUGAACUGCAACAACGAGAAUGUUGCUGAUCUCUUUUGUCUCUAUGUAAGUACUUCUCAGGUGGAAAAUACACUGCUAUGCAUUGGUUUCAAUGUCUGCUCAGUUUGUGGUUAUGUCUGAUCAUCCCCCAAGUUACUUCUCCGUCUUUGCCUUUGUUGUUCAUACCAAUAUUUAAUAUAAUAGUUCCCAGAAAGAUAAAAGCAGGAACAGUUCCCUCAUUGUAAAGUUAUUAAAGUUAAAUGUAUAAUUCUCCAUCUAAUAUUGAUCCAGUGAAUUGUUUGUUGGAGGGAAGGAAGCCACUGGAGAUUCAGUCUUAUUAGUCAGACUGUAACAUUUUUGAAAGGAGAUGGGUUUGGAAAAGCACAGAGGCGGGGAGGUGAAUGUUCUCUUACUUUCUUCUCCCCUCACUCUUCCUCUCUCCGGACUCAGAGUCUACAUCUUUGCUGCCGACUGGCCUUUGAUCAAAGAUCACACACCCUCAGCAGGGGAAUCAGCAGGAGAGAAAGGAGAGAGAGAGGAUUGGAUAAUGUCUGGAGGAAGACACAGUUUCAGUUUUCAGUCACCUAAACCAAUUUUAGGAUACAUUCCAUAACUUCAUACUGUGAUUCCCACUUUGGAGUUUUUGGCAGGUGUAAAGGAUGUGAGCUGUAGACAGCAGGAGGAAAUGGUCAACAUUUUGCAGUUGGCUGUUUCAGUCAGUCUGUCUAGCGUCACUAUCCCUCUACUGUGUGACAGACAGACAUGUAGAUGGACAGUUCAAAAGGCCCCUAGUGUACUGCUAUCCAACUGCCUUUUUUCAGCUUCUGCGAUUGUAACAAAAGCACUUUGCGAAAGGCCAUCCUGAAUUUUGUGUGCUUUUAUUUUAAGGUUAUCACUAUUGUUAUUAAUUUGUUGUUCCUGUUGAUGUUUUUUUUUUUUGUUUUCUCAGUGCAAAUGAUUAUUUAAAUGCAAAAAAUAAUAUGAUGAAAAUGAAAAAAAACUUGAAUAUUUGGUAUCUGGAUUGAAGGUGGUUUGAGCUGCCACAUCAAAUGAACAUAAACAAACACAUCUCUGUUAUACUACCACCAUCCCUGUUAUAUGCAGCUUAUUGCAUAGUCGCAUAAUGGUAGGAGGGGGAUCAGGAUGGAUCUCUCCCUACCUGCUCUCUGCUUACUGUCUCAGAUUUUGUUGGGAUAAAGGUCAUUUGAGCUCAUUUUGGGAGACUCCUUUUCUUGAAAAAGAAACCUGUAUAACAGUUGCAAAGCUUUCUGAGAAGGCUAGCUGUGCUGAAUGUUAAACAUGCAGUGUUGUAUCCACUGCAGAAUCUCUUUGUCUGCAAUAACGCCCUGUCUGUGCAGUUAAAGGCUGGAUCUGGUAUCCAUAUAGAGCUUAAAUGAUUACUAAUGAUGGAUAAAAUGGCCAAAUGACCAUCAUGCACUUUUGCAAAUCAGAACAGAAUUUUUUUUUGGCCAACAUCUAUGUCAAAUCAAGAUUAUUGCAGUAGAGUGAAAAAGAAUAAUAUUGAUCAUAAUAAACAUUCAAUAAAUCUAUAGUUCAGUAAAUGGUUUAACUUGGGUGAGAAAGAAAUAGGCUACUAUUUAUAAUAGAUUGAUUUGUAACUGUGAUUAUUAUGAUAAUUCUUUAAAGAGGUUUUUUCUGAUGUACAUUUUAAAAUGGUGGAAUAUGUCCCAGUUCUCAAAUCUGGACAUGUAAUUGCACAAAGAGUCACCUUAACCAGAAAACUGUUGCUCCACUUCUCUCUGUGAGUUAAAACUUUUAUGCUUGUUGGACACCCCCCCACCCCCCCCCCCACCCCCCCACCCCCCCCCACCCCCUACCCCUCCCACACUCUGUGUAUCACAACAAGUGUAUCCCAAAGGCAGAAUACCUGCUGUGAAUUCACUAAUUGAACAGAGUUUGGCCAGAAAGUGCAACAUCAUCCAGCAUUUCAACCCGCAGAGUGCAGCAGCCGUUUUCUCUCCUACAUGAUUCAGUGUGGAUUUACUUUUUAAAUAAUCCCUUUCUCAUCACAAAGAUUUUUUCUGAGCAUAGCAGUCUGUCAGUCCAUAUCUGUUGGAAGCUGCAGGAGGUUGAGGGGGGAUAGGGUGGAGAAGUAUAGGUGAUAUUUUUUGGGAGAAUUUGCACUUUUUGGUGACGAAAAGAAAUUGUAUUGUAUAUGAGACCACUAAAUCCACACAGUCUAAACCAUAUAAUUCCAUUUUGUGUCAUUUUUUUUGUUCUGUUCUUCUUUUUUUUUUUUAAUAUAUCCAAAAGUGUCUGGCAUCUGGUUGUCUGGUUUAAAGAAUAUAAAUCUUUCUAUUAAAAACAAUGGUUGCAAAGUUU